AGUAUAUACAACAAGUCAGCUGUAUAUAUCAAUAGAUGAAAUGUUUGCCCAACAAGAAAGUCAGAGAGACUGUGUGAGCGAGGGAGGGAAAACGAAAGAGAGAGAGAGAGAGAGAGAGAGAGAAAGAGAGAGAGAGAGGAUGAAAGGGGAAGGGAGAGAAGAGGAGAGGAAGGGAAAAAGAAGGGGAGGGGAAGAGUUUCUCCGUCUCAUCCGCUCGACUCCUCUGGUGCUCAAAUGUCAGCUGCUCAGCUCAUGACUGGCUCAGUUCCAUUCCAGUCGGGGUCGCAGGAGGACACGAUCUUCUCACGCUCCGUUUCUUAACAUCCGGAACUAUAGCAGAUGCCGAGCCCGUGAUUGUUGCAUCCCUUUGGUGUGGAUCCAUCGCCUGCGCGUCAUUUAGAGCUUCUCUUCUUCCGAGGAUUCAACACAGCACCCAGCUUCCGUUUCAGCUAAUCCGUGGUGCCCCACCUACGAGUGCCCGGAAAACAAAGGAGCUUUGCCUAUGCAAAAAUAAACUAAAGAAAGAAAACGAACGGCAGCAGCUGCAUUAGUGUGUAAUAGCUCAACCGACAUUUCCGCCUGGAUGGUCAUUUCGACGUUGUUACGCGCUCCAGCACAGCUAGAUGCGGAACCGCCUUCGAUCUCAUACAUCAGCGGCCUGUGAUUCAAACAUUGUGGGGUAGUUACGUACGAAGCGGACGGUGCAAAAUUGCUUGAAGCCCCAAGGUGUUUUUUUUUUGUGUUGAAUCCGACGACUUGUUCUCUUGUUGUUAUUCGCAAUGGCUAGUUGGUUGCCAGUGUGUAUCCUGUUCUACGUCUUUGUCAGCGGUUGCUAUGGCAACGGGUCAUCUCUGAGUGGCAUUGGAGGCGUCAUCGGUGGCGGCGCUGGAGGUGACACUUUCUUUCCCGAUUGGGGUGUGGGUGGUGGCCGGGCUGCCCAGCCUACCUGCCUGGACAUCCCGCGCAACUUGUCCCUCUGUCACGGCAUUCGUUACUCCAAAAUGCGUUUGCCCAAUCUCCUGGAUCACGACUCGAUGGCCGAAGUCAUCCAGCAAGCGGCCUCGUGGGUCCCACUCCUCAACGUCCGCUGCCACGCCGACACCCAGCUCUUCCUCUGCUCUCUCUUCAGUCCCGUGUGUCUCGAUCGGCCCAUCUAUCCGUGUCGCGGACUCUGCGAGCGCGUCCGACAGGGAUGCGAAGGCCGCAUGAAAACUUACGGCUACCCGUGGCCCGAUAUGCUCCGCUGCGACAAAUUCCCGCUGGAUAACGACAUGUGCAUCGGACCUCUCUCCACCGGCUCUUCCUCUGAAGCAAGUGAUUGCCAAGCCUGCGAAGAAGUUGAUACCUAUGAAAAUAUCAUGGACAAUUACUGUCGCGCCGAUUUUGUUGCCCGAACCAAGCUCCGACGAGUGCGACGCAAUAAGGUCAGCGGCAAGAAAUCCAAAAUGUUGAAAAUGUCUCCAGAGAUGCGCGAAGAGUGGCGUCGCAAUCAACGACCGAACCUCAUCAUGGAACUCGGAGAUGAUUGCUGCACGGAUCACUUCAACACGGUAGCUCUUAGCCGGACCGCAGCUGGCGGAAGUAAUGGCGGUGAUCGUUUUCUGGUGAUGGGAGUUCAGCGUAACGGUCAACUGGUCCCCACUCUUAUUCUUCCAUGGACAAAAAGAUCCAAAGCUAUUCGCGGUGCGGUCAAAGCUUUCAAACAAUUCAACUGCUCCGAUCCCAAAGCUGUUUUCGCUUCUGAGACGGCGUCAUCUGUUAUCGAGGGCAACGACCGCCAACGAAGGGGUAAGCAAAUGCGAGAGAAGACAAGCACAACUACAACGACGACUUCGACCCCCACAACAGCCUCGACAACACGGAAAGGCCGAGGACAACAUGGGGGAGGACAACGGAGCCGAAGCAGAGCAGAAAAUCACCAUCAAGGCCAAUCGACGCGCCAUCAACAUCAACUUCAAUGAGAA